GAAGGAAGAUGCUAGCAUCUCUAGUAAAUCAAGUGGACUCUCUAAGUUCUGAGAUCAAAUAUGAAUUUCAGAUCACAUUGGCUUGUGCAGGUAUUCCCAAACUGGGGAAGAUUUAGUAUGCUUCUAACCUGGUCUGGAAACAAUGGGAGAAUGCAUUAGAGUGGUCCUGUCUGUGAUAACGUAAGAUCUUCUGUAGCUCUUGUCACACUAUGUAGAUGUUGCAAAGAUAGUCUAAAACAAAUAUGCUACUUCUCCCUACCAAAUGGGGGAUAGAUUUACAGUACUACACAUGUAUCUGUCUGUCUUCAGUCUGAUUCUUGGAAAUGACUAUUGAGUAACCCAAAAUAAUAAACAUGAGCCCCACCAGUCUGAAAGUACAGCUCCUUCUUUCCUAGUCCUGGUGGUGGCUUUGCCAAAGCAGGAGGUAACUGAUGAAAGAGUGACAGCACAGAAGGGUUAUUGGGGAAAGCAGAGACGUAACCAGUUAGAAACAUCUUUCCCUUUGAACAGUGAUAUCAAUCCUCAUUAAGUCAAGUUGUGGCAUUAUCAACAAUCAAAUCAGUGGCUUCCUGAAUAGCAUUUAGGGCUUGUUCUUCUGGCGCAACUGACAGAUGCAAGGGAAAGUAUUACAGUGCUUCUAAUAACACGUAAGACUUUUUCUGUACUUAGCAGGAAAGGAGUUUUUGUUUUGUGGAAAACACUUGUUUAGGCCUGUGUUUAGUAGCAACGAGCAGGGAAAAUACUCUUGACAAGUUUUGAACCUUGCUGCUGGUUCUUGUGAAAGCAUUUUACAGCAUACCCUUUCCCCCUUGUGUAGAUGUUGCAUUAAGUAAUAGCAGUGUGACUGGAAUAGUCGGCUGCUGCAAUUUAGUUACCCAAUCUGUCCUCUCUCUCCAACUGACUGAUUACAAAAAGCACUGAAUUGGUCUACUGAGUAUCCCUUAUUUAAUUAGUGAAUGUGGCUACAUUGAACUGUGUAUGGAUGGAUGAAAUAAGGGAUGAAAUAAGGGUGGUGUAUGCCACUUUGACCUGUUCUCUUAAGUUAGUUCCUAGUUUGUUGCUUAGUCUAUUGACUGAAGCACUUUCUAAAUUGUUAAUGUGAAAAUAAUGUUUGCUUUCUCUGUCCCGUUGAUAGUGUAAUUGUCUAAACCAGGCACUUGAGCGCACCGUCUGUUUUCUCAGUGCUGUGAAGUAGAUGGUUUCUGGGGCUCAGCUGAGGAAGGGUGGAGUGUUUGUCUGCUGCAGGGAAAAGGAAGAGGGUUUGUCAGUGCUGUAGAAGGCUGUUUAUGCUGUUGCGCAGAAGGACGGGGUGCUUGGCUGCUCCUCUAAACACUCCCCAUUAGUCACUCCUGGUGUAGACUCUGACACAUCUCUGGGACCUGCAAUGACAAGUCAGAACAGUAGCCAUGCAGAGAAAACUGGUGAAAUGUCCUCAAAGCAGUCAACACCAAAAGUGCAGGUCCAACGAUCUGUCUCCCGAGAAACCAUCACUAUUCAUUUCUCUGCAUUUGGGAAGGAGGAAGAAGAGGAGGAAGAAGAGUUUAAGGAAUUUCUUGAUGAGGAACUAGAUGACCAAAGCAUUGUAACAGCACUUGAAGCCAAGGAAGACCUCUGCUUUGAGCAUACCGGCCAUGAUUUUUCUGGUCCAGCUACCUCGCUUAACAUGGCCAACUCUGCAUCAUUACUGUCCUCAUCGCCUGCAGUUCUGCCAACUGCAGAGACUGUAAAGCUGUUGGAUUCUCCUUCCGCAUCCCAAGUAUUCAGUGCAGUGCCACUAGUCCUGUCUCCUUCAUCACACUCAUGUCAUACAGUUAGCUCAUCAGGUGCACCACCUGUGGAACAGAAAUCCAGCCUGUCAUCCUCCCCAUCCUCGUCCCCUUCCAGAUCAGUUGUCUGCUCUAGUGGAUCAUCCACAGUUUCUAGUUCAAAGCCUUUUAAGGGUUUAGUCAAGUCUCUUUCAACAGAUGUGGAACCAAAAGAACCCACCCCACCGAUGCGACAUAGACAGUUAAUGAAAACCUUAGUGAAAUCUCUGUCUACAGACACUUCUAAUAAACAGGAAUCUGAAACUGUGUCUUACAGGCCACCCGACUCGAAACUGAACUUGCAUCUGUUCAAACAGUUCACUCAACCUCGAGCUACGGGUGGCGAUUCAAAAACUGCCCCUUCAUCUCCAUUAACAUCUCCCUCUGACACUCGUUCCUUUUUUAAAGUACCUGAAAUGGAGGCUAAAAUUGAAGAUACUAAAAGACGCCUUUCUGAAGUAAUCUAUGAGCCUUUUCAGCUGCUCAGUAAAAUAAUGGGUGAUGAAAGUAGUAGCCACAGGCCCAAAGCCUUAUCUUCAAGUGCUUCAGAACUCUCAAACCUUUCCAGUUUGAAUGGCCAUUUGGAAAGCAAUAACAACUACAGCAUUAAGGAAGAAGAGUGUGAUUCUGAAGGGGACUUCUAUGGAAGUGACUCUAACCUGAGUAGGAAGGAUCAGUCAAAAGUGACUGAGGAACACGCAAAAGAGGCCGAGUCCAAAAGCUCUCAGUCUGCAAGCACAAAGGAUGUGAGUUCGAAAACGUCACUCGUACUUGAAAAAUGUUCGUUGUCUGCACUAGCAAGCAGAGAGGAUGAGGAGUUUUGUGAACUGUAUUCUGAAGACUUUUCCUUGCUAGAGGAGGAAAGCAAAACUGAUAAACCUACUGAAACUUCGCUCGAUCCUGAGAUAACAGAGGAAAAUGGUACUAUGCUCAGUUGUGAAGAUGAAAAUAAUCCAUAUGAGCAACAGCCUAAAAUACCAGUGAAAACUUUAUACUUCUUAACACUGUUAGUCUAUGCUUACUUUAUUAUCCCUCUCCCUGGCUACUUAAGUGGACUUCUAUUUGGAAUGGCCCUUGGAUUUAUGAUAGCUGUCUGUGUGAUUUGGCUUCUUACUCCACGUACUCAUGAAUAUCUCAAAUUUCAUAAAAGUAUGAAAAAGCAGUGGAAUACAGGAGCUCUAGACAUCAAAGAACCUGAAAUACUGAAGGGAUGGAUGAACGAGAUUUAUAACUACGAUCCAGAAACAUACCAUGCUACAUUGACUCACUCUGUCUACGUGCGACUCGAAGGAAGCACCUUACGACUUUCAAAACCCAAUAAAAAUAUCUCUAGAAGGGCCAUCUACAAUGAGCCAAAGCCCGAAGUCACGUAUGUCAGCCAGAAAAUUUAUGAACUUACAGAGAGCAAGAUUUCCCUGGUUCCUAAGAGUCUGGCACGAAAACGGAUUUGGAAUAAGAAGUACCCUAUUUGCAUUGAACUUGCUAAACAGGAUGACUUUAUGGCUAAGGCCCAGACUGAUAAAGAGAAUGCAGAGGAAAAGUUAUCUGCUGAAAAAGCAGACUUCAACAACGAAGAAUCCAAGAAAUCUCAGGGUGGAGCAAAGUACACUAGCCAAAAGGAUCAAGUGCUUUAUCUCUUUGGAAGGACCGGUAGGGAGAAGGAGGAAUGGUUCAGAAGGUUCCUUCUCGCAUCCAAGCUGAAGUCUGAAGCAAAGAAGCUAUCCAGUUUAUGUGGGAGCAAGCCAGGGAUCUUGCCAACACAGAGUAGAACCGAUAGUCAGUCUGGAGUUCUCACACACAGCCGAAGCAGCAGCAAGGGAAGUGCAGAAGAAAUUGCAUCCCAGCCGAAGCACAAGGAUCUGGCUGGCAACGUGCGGCAGAAGGUGCUUCUGGACUACAAUAUCUAUAUGGCCAAGUGUGUUCCACAGGAGAAGAAAAGCCCUGCAGGGAGUCCAGUCCUCAGUGCAGAGAGCAGCCCUACAGCUGUGAAAAAGUUACCAGAUGCCAACAUGGAAGCUGAAGAAGAAGAACAGGAGGCCUGGGUGAAUGCUUUGCUUGGAAGAAUAUUUUGGGAUUUUUUAGGAGAGAAGUAUUGGUCUGAUCUAGUGUCAAAGAAGAUCCAAAUGAAACUUAGCAAAAUAAAGCUGCCAUACUUCAUGAAUGAGCUAACUCUAACUGAACUUGACAUGGGGAUAGCAGUGCCGAAGAUCCUUCAAGCCUUCAAACCUUCUGUUGAUCACAGAGGACUUUGGAUUGAUCUGGAAAUGUCCUACAAUGGAUCUUUUCUAAUGACCCUAGAGACCAAGAUGAACUUGACCAAACUUGGUAAAGAGCCGCUUGGUGAAGCACUUAAAGUUGGAGAGAUUGGCAAAGAAGGUUUCAGGCCAAGGGCGUAUUGUCUUGCAGACAGUGAUGAGGAAUCCUCCAGUGCUGGGUCUUCAGAAGAGGAUGAUGCUCCUGAACUGGCAGGAGAGAAGCAAGUGACUCCAGGAGCAGAAGGGUAUGUUGGAGGACAUCGGACAAGUAAGAUCAUGAGAAUUGUCGAUAAAAUUACUAAGUCAAAGUACUUUCAGAAAGCAACAGAGACUGAGUUUAUUAAGAAGAAAAUUGAAGAGGUCUCCAAUACUCCAUUGCUGCUAACAGUUGAAGUACAAGAGUGCAGAGGAACACUAGUAAUUAACAUUCCACCUCCACCUACCGACAGAAUAUGGUAUGGCUUUCGAAGACCUCCCUACCUGGAGUUAAAAGCUCGGCCAAAACUUGGUGAGAGAGAAGUGACUCUGGUUCAUGUAACUGACUGGAUAGAGAGGAAACUGGAACAAGAGUUUCAGAAAAUCUUUGUCAUGCCAAACAUGGAUGAUGUUUAUAUCCCUUUAAUGCACUCAGCCAUGGAUCCCCGCUCCUCUACGUGCCCUCCUAAAGAUCUGAGCACGGAGGCCCCUGAUCAACCAUGACAUGUGAAGACUCUUGUAGUUUACAGUAUUAUGAAAGUUAUUCUCAUGGUUUUAUAAACUGUGCUGUAGUUCUCAUCCUUAACUUGUGCCACUUCCCCCCCCCCCGAAGGACUGCCUAUAACCAUACCUUUGUGCUCACUUGCCUGGUUAGUGUUCCUGUGUACUUCAGCUACAUGAAGUUUCAUUCCAUUAAGCAGUUGAUUUAUUUUUGUACUGGCUGCCAUCAGGAUUUUAACUCAGAGGCUGAGAUGACCUGUUCUUUGGGGGAGGGAGGAGGAACCUAACUGUAAUAGAUCAAGGAGCUUGUUGACAUACCUUUUGUUCAGCUUAUGUUUUCAUGCUAUGUUAAUGUGCAUUGAAGCAUUGAAAGGUUGUUUGGCAGCAAAGGAACUGCGUGCCAAAUGGAAAAAAUCCUAAAUAAGGAAUGAAUUUAUAAAACUGGAAGAAUAUUUUUCUUUCUCAGGCAGUUGGAGGUGUAGAAUGAACUGUUUUAUGUUCUUUCACUUCUGCAGUCAAUAGCUUGUGUCAAGCAAUCGAAAUAUGAAAUGCUUUCAGGAUAAAAGAAUGUAAAUUGGAUGUAUGAUGUAUUGUGAUUCAAUGUGAUAUAUACAUAUUACCUUUUUCAUACAGAACUCAUGCUUUUUUUGGGGGAAGCAAGUAGCCAUAAAACACACAACUAUCAGUGAAGGUGGGACUGUCACAUUUUUGUAAGUGAGGAGAUAAAAGUCGGUAAAGCCAUGAGACCAAACCAUAGCAAGCCGCCUUACAGUGAGUUACAAUCACCUUGGUUCAUGAUUAAUUCUGAAUGUUUAUAAAGACAUGAGCACACACAUAAAAUGUCAAUACUGCACAUUACCAGAAGUACUUAGUUACCCUACUGUGUAUAGAGCCUCUUGCUACGAUGAAACACAGGUUUCUUUUUUGUUGCUGUGAGUCUUUUCCAUUGCACUGUGUUUACACGCAAAGCAUGGGACCGAAUUCUCAGGUUACAGCCAUGCAACUCCAGACAUCAAAUCACUUGAUGUUGUGGAACAGCUGUGACUGGAAGACUUUGCCUCCCAUGCAUUGGUUUUUUGGACUUUGUGGAAUAGGAAUUCAAGCAUUGCAGUUAUUCAAGCUGAUUGUGAUUAAAGACUGUUUCUGCUCAUUAAUGGCCAAAACAAAGGGGGGAGGGGGAACUGCCUUUUAUUUCUCUCUGGUAUAAUGAUUCAAGAUUAAAUGUAUGCAGUAAAUUCAAUAUUUGAACACUACAUAUCCACUCUUUUAACACAUGUAAUAUUUUUCUGAUGCUCAGUGUUGCCAACUGUUCAUGGAUGUCAGAAAACGUUUUAGUUUACAAAGAAGGUGAGUUUUGGCUCUCCUUUUAAAACAUGAUUUUUUUUUUUUUAAGAAGUAAUUUUUUAAGAACUUUUUUGUAUGUUGUCACAUUUGAUGUAAAUCAAAAUUUCCAUGUGUAACUUGAUGAUUUACCAUCUCUAAAUGAAGCUAUUAUAUUGAAGGUUUUUUAAACAGCACCUUGCCUGAAACAUAAAAGAAAACUAGCAUUUAAUAUAUUUAAAAUUAAUUCUAUAUUUGAACACCUAUUUUGGUUACCUUUAAUUGAAAUAUUAGUGGGUUAUAUUUAUUACCUGAACACCUCCUUGACCAUUCCAGGCUGUGUAUAUUCUGGGGUUUGCUCUGAUCAUGUAGGCAUUAUUUGCC